GGUCGUGACACCUUGUGCAUCGCGUUGCGGUGGUUUCUAUUUCGAAUAAAUAUUGUGUUUGAUUAGAAAGCGAGUGAAGAUGGCUAAAAUUGUAGUGCCUCUGCUGCUAUUGAUGGUAUUUGUGCCAAUUGUUUAUUCGUACCCUCAAAAUGUAGAUUUCGGACGAAAAGACGUUACCUCAGAACCCGUGAGCAACAAUGUGGUACGAAAGGAUUUUUUCAUACUGGAGAUUCCAGAGGAAGCAAUCGAAGAUGAGAUCGAGGAACAAAUGAUCGUGAUGAUGGAGAGACGGGCCAAGCAGCAGCUAGCGUUGGAUGGAUUCAUUUUGAAGCUGUACGAAGAGUUCAAGAAGCGGGAACAAGAAGGCACCUUAAAUGCCGAUCGACAAAAUUUAUUAAAAGGAAAAUAAAGUGAAUGUUUUAUUAUUUUUAAUCACUAUUUUAUUCUGUUGGAAGUGUCAUAU